CAUAAAGUUCCGACUUUGCUUAAUUUAAUUUUUCAUCACUAGAAGACUGUUAGGCUGAGGAAUUUUUACAUAAAUAUGAAGUCUACGCUCUCAUGAAUUUGUACAAUGCUCACUGCAGAAGUGGGAAUAAAUUCUAUCUCUCUUGCGAGUGUUCGCAGAAGUCUCUCGCCAGUGCUUCUCGCGACACCGCAAACGUCACUGUCAGUGCUGUCAGUGGGUGGAAUUUUCUCCUCCUGGCCAAAUACUUGCUAUUUCCAACCAUUUCUUGCGCUCUGCAUCCUCUCACGAUGCCGGAGGGUGGCACGCAGUAGCCCCAGCGGCGCGUGGUGAACACUUUGGGGCGGAAGAGCGGAUCGUUUCGCGGGAAAACGUUGCACUCGCGAGGGUAUUGUUUGCCAAUCGAUUUUUUGUGAGGAGUCUUGUCGUGGGGCCAGCAAAAUGAUAAACAGUGCACAAUUCUGCUUUCUGCUGUCGCUUCUGGGGCUCUUGCGGGGCGUAUCCACGGUCGACGAGGACUACGAAGAGGGCUACUGCGCCCCGUACAACGGGAAGGUGUGCAAGUCCUUCAUUGGCAGCAGGCAAGUGUGGUACAGCCGUGAAGAUCCCACUGGCGGCUGGGAGAAUGAGAAAAUCACCACGGGACUCUGGGAGGAGAUGAUCUCUGAACUCCCGAGCACCUGCAGAGCAGCCGCUGAGAAACUCCUCUGCGCCUAUGCCUUUCCGCAGUGCGUCGUUGAAGAUGGGGCCACAAUGAAGCUGCCACUGUGCUAUGAGGAUUGCGUGGCCACGCACCUGCAAUUCUGCUACAAUGACUGGGUGUUGAUUGAGGAGAAGAAGCUGAAGAAGAACUUCUUCAAGUCCAGGGGCCACUUUAGGCUGCCAGUGUGCGAGGAACUUCCCAGAUACGAGCAGGAUGUCAAGCCUCUGACCUGCUCUUACUUGGGACUCACUGAGAUGAACGUCAACGAGAUCACAUAUGACUGUCGCAUGGGAAACGGUCGUUACUACUUGGGCACUGUGAAUGUGACACAGGCGGGCAUUCCUUGUCAACACUGGGACUCUCAGUCGCCUCAUACUCACAUCCAGCCGCCCAAUGUCUUUCCGGAGGUGAGAAAUGCGGAGAACUUCUGCCGCAAUGCUGGAGGAAGCGAACCCUAUCCGUGGUGCUACACCAGCGAUCCGUCGACGCGAUGGUCAUACUGCGAUGUUCCCCUUUGCCCAAACUCAACAGAUGACUUCACACGAGUGGAUUCUUCGCAAAUCUCGAUGGAAACUUUCUUCACACCGUCGAUGAUCUUCUUGCUGUCCGGUAUCGGAUUUGUGGGCAUCGUGAUUCUGCAUUUGCUGGUCUUGCUCGCAUACAGAAUCGUGAAGCACAAGCACAACAGGCAGACGAGUGGCCAGAGUGGCUAUAAUCCAGCCGCCACGCACGAUUCCCAGAACAUUGAUCUCAACAAACUGCCAAGCAAUUCUGCAUAUCAUCAGACUGGUGCUCAGCUGAAUCCGAUCUUGGAGAAGCUGGAAUAUCCGCGCAACAACAUCAUUUACAUCAGAGACUUGGGACAAGGCGCCUUCGGGCGGGUGUUCCAGGCCAAGGCGCCCGGCUUGAUUGUCGGCGAGGAGUUCACGCUGGUGGCGGUGAAGAUGCUAAAGGACGAUGCCAGUCAGGACCUCCAGGUGGACUUCGAGCGGGAGGCGUGUCUCCUGGCGGAGUUUGAUCAUCCCAACAUCGUGAAGCUGCUGGGCGUGUGCGCUCUGGGGCGCCCCAUGUGCCUCUUGUUUGAGUACAUGGCGCGCGGUGAUCUCAAUGAGUUCCUGCGCUCGUGCUCGCCUUACGUCCUGCAGACGCGCAUGGAGACUGCACGGACUGAGCUGAGUCUCGGCGAUCUGCUGGGCACGGCGCAGCAAAUUGCCGCUGGGAUGGUGUACUUGUCUGAGCGGAAGUUCGUUCAUCGGGAUCUGGCCACGAGGAAUUGCCUCAUUGAUGAUCACAUGAUUGUGAAGAUCGCCGACUUUGGACUGUCGCACAAGAUCUACCUGCAGGACUACUACAAAGGCAGCGAAAAUGACGCCAUUCCCAUUCGCUGGAUGCCUCUGGAGAGCAUCUUGUACAACAAGUACACCGUCGAGACGGACGUUUGGGCGUUCGGCGUGUGUUUGUGGGAGAUCUUCUCGUUCGCGCUGCAGCCAUACUACGGCAUGACGCACGAGGAGGUGGUGAAGUACGUGAAAGAGGGAAAUAUGCUGUCGUGUCCAGAAAAUACGCCACUCUCCGUGUACAAUCUCAUGAGGAAGUGCUGGAACAAGAAGCCCUCAGAUCGACCAAGCUUCCACUUUCUCUAUCAAGCGUUGGAGCAAAUAAGAGCGGACUAUGACAACAAUACAAUACGCUAAGGUGAGUGGGAAAGAAGGACGAAAUUCAUGUGCUUUAUCAUCAUGUUGAGUGACUUCUAAAAUUUCCAUGAUUCUAAUUUAUUUAUAUGGAUUCACCGGAAGACUGAAUUAUCAUAAAACUCUACCCAAAGUAUUAAGAAUCUUUCUUCCAAUGUGCAUUUUAAUUGUAUUUCCGCUUUACACGCAUGCACAUGAAUUUCUCUUCUAAAAUAUCUGGGACUAAAUCUUAGCGAUAGAGAAGAAAAAACUUAAUUUUUGCUAGAUUGCCAACUUUUGUUACGAUGUAACUCAGGAAUGAAGUUUGAAAACGAAAGAAAAAUGGUUCAUUUAUAUCCAAAAGCUCAUGUUUACACAAAUUUUGAAUAUAAUUUAACGUUAUUCGUCAUUGAAUCUUUGUAUUACAAUGUUUAAAGACUUUUUUUUUAUUUUUACAUAUUGCAAAAAUAGAUGUAAAUUUCAAAAUCCGAAAGCCAAAAGAGAACUUUUUUACAAAUGUAUUUUAUUUUGUAUAGAAAUUGUGUAAAAUUUGCACGAUUUGGAGGACUUUUCUCCAUUCGCUGCAAUAAUUUUUGCUUAGUUUUUAUGUUUUUUCUUUAAGCAUAGAAUAGAAAGACUGUAAAUAGCAAAUUCCAUCUGACGGCGAACCUUUUAGGCAUGUCUAUUGAAAUGUGACAAAAAAGGAUGAUGAAUAGUGAACAAAGGUAGAAGAAUAAGUAUUUAUAAUUAAAGGUGUGACUUGAUAAUUUAUAUGAUAGUAAUAACACGAAAAGACAUUGUGUCGCUGUUGUAUUCAGUGUAUUUAUUCCACCGAGAGAUGAAAAUUUCGAUUGCGUACUGUUUAUUACCCUCUAUUUAUACUCUCUUAUCACUUUGCUAUACUCUCUUCAAUUAACCUUACUCUCUUUGAUGAAAAUAAAAGAUGAAAAAUUGAGAUGAAACAAGUGUAAUUUAGGAAUGCGUUGCGCUCACGCCAAGAGAAGGAAAUCCUGUGCAGCCGCAGCGGAAAAGUGUGUAAAGUAUUCUGACGAAGAAUCUCGAAAUAAAACAUAAAUUUUAGAUAGCCAA